AUGGAAAGGUUUUACGCAUUCUAUGGAAUCCCAUAUGCAACUGCACCGACCGGAGACAAUAAGUUUAAGGCUCCCCUUCCUGGUCCUGUAUGGUUGGAUACUCUUGAAGCUGUUGACGAUACUAUUAUUUGCCCACAAAAAGAUUUUUUCAAUUCAAUUCCAAAAACAAUGAGAAUAAAAGAAGAUUGUCUCAUAGCAAAUGUAUUUGUGCCAGAUACAAAACAGAAGAAUCUGUCUGUAGUGGUGCACAUCCACGGCGGCGGCUUUCAUACAGCCUAUGGCAAUUCAGUUUUUUAUAAACAUUUGAUCAGAAGCAAAAGAAUAAUUUUUGUUAAUUUCAACUACCGACUUGGACCACACGGAUUCUUAUGUCUAGGAACAAAAGACGCUCCCGGAAAUGCUGGAAUGAAAGAUCAGGUGGCUUUGCUACGCUGGGUUAAUCAAAAUAUUGCUGAAUUUGACGGCAAUCCUGAAGAUGUUACUAUUGACGGAUAUAGCGCUGGUUCCUCGUCGGUCGAUUUGUUAAUGCUAUCGGAAAGUGCAAGAGGACUGUUUCAUAAGGCUAUACCAGAGAGUGGCGCUGGCAUUGCAGCAUUUAGUGUACAAACAGACCCUAUAAAGAACGCCAAAGAAUAUGCAAAACUUCUAAAUUAUACAGGUUCUGGUAGUGUUGCUGAUUUAGAAAAAUAUUACAAAAGCAUAUCUUAUGAAUUGCUUGUAUCAGGUGACGUUGAGUGA